AAUUUAUUAUAACAUAGUUAUUAUAAAUCUAUUAUAAAGUCAUCAACCAUUGUGAGCAAGAUAUAAUGUCAGCCAAAACCUAUAAGAAAGUAUCGGUAUUGAAAUUAUCUACCAGUGCUCGCGUUGCCGCACAGGUAGUAGAGGUGCCACUGAGGGAGCCGUCAGAAAAUGAGAUACUUGUGCGCAAUCUGUACGCCGGUGUGAACGCCACGGAUAUGAACAUAAUUGCCGGUAGAUACCUGACCGCUGACGGGAAACUACCCUUUGAUAUCGGACUAGAAUACAUUAGACCGGAUGAAUUCAAGCCACUACCCGGCAAUAAACCGGAAUACCUGGCACUACUAGAUUGCGGACUCACUGCUACCAUUGGCCUGGAUCAUGCUGGCCACAUAGCGCAUGGUGAAACUGUAUUAAUAACCGCUGCUGCCGGUGGCACAGGUCACAUCGGUGUUCAAUGGGCUAAACGGAAAGGCUGUCACGUGAUUGGCUUAUCGUCGGCACCGGCGAAGAUACAGGUGCUGAAGGAGUUGGGCUGCGAUCGUGUGAUUAACUACAGGACCGAGAAUUUGGAUGAAGUCCUGAGCCGUGAAUACAAAUCGGGGAUUGACGUGAUUUGGGAGACAAUCGGCGGUCAGACGUUUGAAACGCUGUUCAAACACCUGGCAGUCGGCGGUCGACUAGUAAUCGUCGGUUCAAUCAGUGGUUAUAAGUAUGAGAACAACGACUCACCCGUUGUUACCAUUCCAGACAUCAAUAUGAAGGGUCAGCAUAUACUGGACCAUAUAGACGAGGCUCGCAUAUCGGACUAUACCAUACAAUAUCUGUUUAACGUCCCGACGGCUACCGCCAAACAAAACGCCCAAAAAAUACAAAAUGCUUUCCGGAGUCUAACCGAACAGUUCGAUGGGAACUCAUGCCUACAGCUCCGGGAGGACCAGAUGGGUAUCGGGCCCACCUCUAACUGCUACGUACUUCUCGGUGGGCAAAUUAUGCGAGCCGUUGACCUGGGUAAUGUGGACGUGGUGAUUGGUGAAAGGGCAUUUUCGGGUCAAGAGCAAUACCAUUUGUCGCACCCGUCUAUGUACCAGUUUUAUCUCGGUCCAUUGGUGGUCAGUGUGCUUGAAAAUAAGGUAUGCCCCAAUAUGGAUGAUAAUAAUUCUACCCAGAUCAUCGGAGAGUUUGUUAAACAAUAA